AUGCAGAAUUUCGGCAAUCCUAAGCCUCCCCAUAAAAUUCCGCACAAACCAAGCGGAUUACCCAAUGAACGGCCAAACAUCGUUAUAUUUAUGCCGGACCAGCUUCGCUACGAUGCGUUGCACUGUACUGGAAUGAAUCUAAUUGUGAAGACACCCAAUAUCGACAAAUUCGCUGCACGUGGAGUACGUUUCUCGGAGUGUUAUGUUCAAGCGUCCGUGUGCUCGCAAUCCCGUUGCUCAAUGUUUACGGGACUAUACCCGCAUGUAUCCGGCCAUCGAUCCCUAGAAAAUCUUAUUAAGCCGUGGGAGCCGAAUUUGUUUCGCUCCUUGAAAGAUGACGGGUAUCAUAUUGCCUGUAUGGCGCCACGCGGUGACCUAUUUGCUCCCACAGUGACUGAGCUCAGCCUAGAUGAAUAUGGGUUUCUGGAGCCUCCCGAAGUAACGAAGAUCAUAGGAGGGCACGGCGAUGAGAGACCUGAGGAAGAUAUUACCAUUUGGGAGCGACUUUUCUAUAAAGGUCGGCGAGAUAGCAACAAAGCAGUCGACUAUGAUGAAGCGGCUGUUCGGAGUGCGGAACAAUGGCUCGAUUGCCCUCCGGAUGACAAGCCAUGGGUCUUGUUCUUGCCUCUUUUCUUUCCUCAUUGCCCUUUCACGGUUGAAGAGCCAUACUUUUCUAUGUAUAAGCGAAAUGAUAUGCCAGUUCCAUCAUCGCCUGAUGAAAAGACUGGAUACGAGCCACGAUAUAUGCAGUCAAUUCGACAGCGACAUGGUACUCAUCGUGCAACUCCAGAGAUAUGGGCCGAAGUGGCCGCCACCUAUCACGGCAUGAUAUCGCGACUCGACGAUCAGUUUGGUCGAGUUGUCGAUAAACUCGACGCCACAGGAUUGUGGGCAAAAACUAUCACCAUGUUUUUCACCGACCAUGGAGAAUAUCUUGGCGAUCAUGGUCUGAUUGAAAAGUGGCCCAGCGGGUUAUCCGAGACUCUGGUUCGUGAGCCUCUGAUUAUGGCGGGUGGCGGCAUCCCUCCUGGUCUUGUACGCGACAGCAUGGUAGAAAUGGUCGAUUUAGUACCUACCAUAUUACAGUUAUGCGGAGUGGAUGAGACGUUUCCUCAUAAUGGAAAAUCCCUACUUCCGACAAUUCUGGAGAACAGACCACACCGUGAAUAUGCCUUCUCCGAAGGGGGUUUCCUUAUCUCUGAAGAACCGUUGCUUGAGCAAGCCCCGUUCCCCUACGACUUGAAGGCCAAGCUGCAGCACGAAGAUACCAGAUGCGUUGGCAAGGCUAUCUCAAUGCGAGAUCAGAACUGGACGUACAUUUACCGGUUGUACGAACCGGCGGAGAUGUAUGACCGCAAUGCCGACCCGCACGAACUACACAACCUCGCAGCAGACCCGCAGUAUGUUCCUCAAGCACGACUCAUGGAGAGUCAGAUGUUCCGCUGGAUGGUUGAGACGAGUGAUUUUCUUCCCUAUAGUAGGGACGGUCGGUUUCCCAAAGUAGACCUUCCUGAUCCCAAGACGCUACUCGAUGAGCGGAAGAGGAGACGUCAGAAGGAGGGCGGCGAUGGAAUAUCCAGGGGUAAUUUCGAAAGCUAG